AUGCUCUCCAUGCAACAGUUCCCUGCCCUGCCCACGGAGGAGGAGCGCUACCGGCAGGUCCUCUCUGCCAGAAGGGUCUUAGGAACAGAUGAGGAUAAUAUGGGGGAUGGCUGCUCUCAAAAACUGGCUUCUGCCAAGUUCCUGCGACUUCUGCUCCUAAUACUGAUUCCAUGUAUCUGCGCCCUUAUCCUUUUGCUGGUUAUUCUGCUUACCUUUGUAGGGGUAUUAGAAAAAACAUGCUUUUAUUCAAAUGGGAGUGAGGUCCUCACAGUUAAUGGUGACAUUGAAACGUCUAGCAAUCUUUUGCCAAACAUGGUUGAAAACGAUUCCAAGACUCAUCCCACAGUGGAUAUCAGCACAUGGACUCCCUCCUGGACCACCACACCUUUAUCUCAAGUUGGCCAAAUGAACACAAACUCAAAUAUGUUUAGAGAGACUUUAGAGGAAAAUGCAUUUGCACCUACAUCUCCAGCAUCAGUGCUCAAUCCUGAUCUUACAAACAACGAUGCUUUAUCAGAGAACCCCAAAUACAGCACCCAGCUUUUUGCCACUACAGAGGGAGAGCCAUCAUGGUCGACAGAUGUCUCCUCUAACAUCAAAGACAGGAUGACCACUCUACCUGCAUUAAGUCCUACUCAUCCAUCUGUGUCACAGAAAAAGGAGCAGAAAGAAAGUGCCUGCAUAAAUCUCACCAACAGCCAGUGCCAAAUGCUGCCAUAUAACUACACGACUCAAACUUCAGUUCUUUCCAUUGUCAAAAGUAUUGAAAUGGAAAAGUUCCUGAAGUUCUUCAGUUAUCUCAGUCGUCUCAGCUGCUAUCAACACAUCAUGCUGUUUGGCUGUAGUCUUGCUCUUCCUGAAUGCAUCAGUGAUGGUGAUGACAGUCGAGUCCUCUUGCCAUGCAGGACAUUUUGUGAGGCAGCAAAAGAAGGGUGUGAACCAGUCCUAGGGAUGGUAAAUGCUUCUUGGCCAGAAUUCCUCAAGUGCUCUCAAUUCCACAACCAAACUGAAAAUGACACAACUGAAAGAGUAUGCUUCUCGCCACACCAAGAAAAAGGAAAGCAAUCACUGUGUGGAGGAGAGAAGAGUUUCCUGUGUGCCAGUGGAAUCUGCAUUCCAGGGAAACUGCAGUGUAAUGGCUACAAUGACUGUGAUGACUGGAGUGAUGAGGUCCAUUGCAACUGCAGUGAUGAUUUAUUUCAUUGUAACACAGGAAAAUGCCUCAAUUAUACCUUUGUUUGUGAUGGAUACGAUGACUGUGGAGACCUUAGCGAUGAACAGAACUGUGAUUGUAAUCCAAUGACUGAUCAUCAGUGUGGAGAUGGAAGAUGUAUAACAGCUGACUGGGUAUGUGAUGGUGACCAUGACUGUAUAGACAAAUCAGAUGAAAUCAAUUGCUCUUGUCAUAGUCAGGGUCUGGUAGAGUGCAAAAAUGGACAGUGCAUUCCUAGUGCAUUCAAGUGUGAUGGAGAUAAUGACUGUAAAGAUGGAAGUGAUGAAGAAAACUGCAGUGAAAGUCAAACCCUCUGUCAGGAGGGAGACCAGAGAUGUACUUCCUGUCCUGAUCCGUGUGGAACUUCUCUCUGUGAGAUGAGAAACAGCCAGACAAACUGCAGUCAGUGUGAACCAAUUACUCUGGAACUCUGUAUGAACUUGCCUUACAACUAUACUAGCUACCCAAACUACCUGGGGCACAGGACUCAGAAGGAAGCUUCUGUCAGCUGGGAGUCUUCUCUCUUCCCAGCCUUGGUUCAGACCAACUGCUACAAGUACCUUAUGUUUUUUGCCUGUACAAUCUUAGUACCAAAAUGUGACCCCCAUACAAAUCAACGGAUCCCACCUUGCAGGACAUUAUGUGUACAGUCUAAGGAACGCUGUGAGUCUGUGCUUGGGAUUGUAGGUCUGCAGUGGCCAGAGGAUACUGACUGCACUCAGUUUCCAGAUGAGAACUCAGACAACCAAACUUGUCUGACACCAGAUGAAGAUGUUGAAGAGUGCUCACCCAGCCAUUUCAAAUGCCGUUCAGGGAGGUGUGUCCUGGCAUCCAGGAGAUGUGAUGGUCAAGCUGACUGUGAGGAUGACAGUGAUGAAGACAGCUGUGGCUGUAGAGAAAGGGGUCUUUGGGAGUGUCCUUUGAAGAAGCUCUGUAUCAAGCACACAAUGAUCUGUGAUGGUUUCCCAGAUUGCCCUGACAUGAUGGAUGAAAAAAACUGCUCAUUUUGUGAUAAGGAUGAGGUUGAGUGUGCCAACCACGAAUGUGUGCCACGUGAGCUUUGGUGUGAUGGACAAGCAGAUUGCAGUGACAGCUCAGAUGAAUGGGACUGUGUUACCCUGUCUAAAAACAUGAAUUCCUUGAUGUUUCUGACCGUUCACAGGUCAGCUGCUGAUAAUCAUGUUUGUGCUGAUGAGUGGCAAGAAAACUUGAGUCAACUGGCCUGCAAUCAAAUGGGUUUAGGAGGACCAUCUAAAACAAAGAUUGUAUUAGAAGAUGGAGAAAUGCAGCAUCAAAAGUGGCUGAAUCUGCACUCAGAUUGGAAGAGUAAGAAUGCUUCCACUUUACAUGCACUUCUAGUGAAUGGGCAGAUGUGCCGAAGCAGAAGCAAAGUGGCUCUCCUUUGCACUAAAGAAGACUGUGGCCAUCGCCCUGCUGCUCGCAUGAACAAAAGGAUCCUUGGUGGCAGGACCAGUCGCCCGGGCCGAUGGCCAUGGCAGUGCUCUCUGCAGAGCGAGCCAAGUGGACACAUAUGUGGCUGUGUUUUGAUUGCAAAGAGAUGGGUCUUAACAGUGGCACACUGCUUUGAAGGGAGAGAAAACGCAGCUGUCUGGAAAGUAGUGUUUGGGAUAAGCAAUCUUGAUCAUCCAUCGAGCUUCAUGCAGACCCGAUUGGUGAAGUCCAUCAUCUUGCAUCCACGCUACAACAGAGCAGUCGUAGACUACGAUAUCAGCAUUGUACAGCUAGAUGAAGAUAUCAAUGAAACGAGCUAUGUAAGACCUGUCUGCUUGCCCAGCAAGGAACAGUUGGUACAGCCAGAUACCUACUGCUAUAUCACAGGCUGGGGACACAUGGGCAACAAAAUGCCUUUUAAGCUUCAAGAAGGAGAAGUGCGCAUCAUUUCCUUAGAGCAAUGCCAGUCGUACUUUGACAUGAAGACCAUUACCAGCAGGAUGCUGUGCGCAGGCUAUGAGUCUGGCACCGUAGACUCUUGCAUGGGUGACAGUGGAGGACCACUUGUGUGUGAGCAACCUGCAGGACGCUGGACGUUGUUUGGUUUAACAUCUUGGGGCUCUGUCUGCUUUUCCAAGGUUUUGGGACCAGGAGUUUACAGUAAUGUGUCACAUUUUAUUGACUGGAUUGAAAAACAAAUAUAUAUCCACACCUUUCUGCUGAACUAAAUCCAGAUGGUAAGAAUUGUGCUGACAAACAGCAGGAAAAUGGAAUCAACCUUCAACACUGAAGAUUUUGCAGUCCAGAAAUUCUGUGAAAAGGAGUCCCAAGCUCUUUCUAUUUUUUUUGUGGAGCU